CCGAUGAAAAAUUCAUCGUCGAUCUCGUGGUUAAAGUAACAAAUGUUUAAAGACCUUGAAAAUCCUUCGCCGGCGUCCGACUAUACUACCUUUCAUCAAUUAAAAUCCACAUAACCCCACUUGAAGAGUAAUGUAACUCCGGUUGAUAAGUAUACUCCGGCAGAGAAGAAUACUCCAUAGCCUCACCCUCACUCCUCGAUUUUUGGGGACCUCUCUCUAAUGUCGACCGAAGAAGAGGUUAAGCGUAAGGCCGCCGUUGCCGAAUACAAUAAGAAGCUCCUUCAACAUCGCGAGCUUGAAUCUCGUAGCAGAAAAGUGAAGGAAGAGUUGCGAAGUGCCAAAAAGGACUACGCUAAAACAGAGGAUGAUCUAAAGUCACUCCAGAGUGUUGGGCAGAUCAUUGGAGAAGUCCUAAGGCCUCUUGACAAUGAGAGAUUAAUUGUGAAAGCUAGCAGUGGACCAAGGUAUGUGGUUGGUUGUCGUAGCAAAGUGGACAAAGAAAAGCUCACUUCUGGAACUCGAGUGGUACUUGACAUGACUACCCUCACCAUUAUGCGUGCUCUUCCUCGUGAAGUUGAUCCAGUUGUAUACAAUAUGCUUCAUGAAGAUCCUGGGAAUAUAAGCUAUUCUGCUGUGGGAGGGCUGUCUGAUCAAAUCCGAGAACUGAGGGAAUCCAUUGAGCUUCCACUGAUGAAUCCUGAGCUUUUCAUUCGUGUGGGAAUUAAACCUCCAAAGGGUGUUCUUCUCUAUGGGCCUCCAGGGACUGGCAAGACAUUGUUAGCUCGAGCCAUAGCCAGUAAUAUAGAUGCCAAUUUCCUAAAGGUUGUAUCAAGUGCUAUCAUCGAUAAGUACAUUGGUGAAAGUGCAAGACUGAUCCGUGAAAUGUUCAAUUACGCUCGAGAACACCAGCCUUGCAUCAUCUUCAUGGAUGAGAUUGAUGCUAUUGGAGGUCGUCGAUUCAGUGAGGGUACAAGUGCUGAUCGUGAAAUUCAAAGAACCCUUAUGGAACUGCUGAAUCAGCUUGAUGGUUUUGAUCAGCUAGGCAAGGUCAAAAUGAUCAUGGCAACAAACAGACCGGAUGUGCUGGACCCAGCACUUCUUCGUCCAGGACGUCUAGAUAGGAAAAUUGAGAUUCCAUUGCCAAAUGAACAGUCAAGAAUGGAAAUUCUCAAAAUCCAUGCUGCUGGUAUUGCCAAACAUGGUGAGAUCGACUAUGAAGCAGUUGUUAAGCUAGCAGAGGGAUUUAAUGGGGCCGAUCUACGAAACAUUUGUACUGAAGCUGGUAUGUCAGCCAUACGUGCUGAGAGAGAUUAUGUGAUUCAUGAAGACUUCAUGAAGGCUGUGAGAAAACUAAACGAAGCAAAAAAGCUAGAGUCAAGUGCUACUUAUUCUGCAGAUUUUGGAAAGGAUUAGUACUAAAAAAAAAUUCACAAAUUUUCUUAUAAUUCUUUGUUCUAUCUCUUUGUUCUAUUGUGAAUUUUCAAAUUGAAACUAUGGUUUUAUACUAGCUUUAAUUUCUUAACAAAUU